UUGGCCGGGAGAACUCUGCAAAUUGAGGAGAUUCCUUAGGCUGGAAUAGGAAGCCCAGAGGAGACAGACAGCUGUACACUUUGAAUGUUGUCCUUACUCUUUUGUCCAUUUGCUGCCUAACUUACCGCAGCACUGCUGCCUUCCACUCUGCUGAGUGACCUGCCAUACAAGCUGAUUACUCACUUUAUCAUAAAUGUAUGCUACAACAGUCAAAAUUUGUUUAAAAAUGGUUUCUUUAAAGAAUCAAUUUGAGAGAAACUCAGAAUGGAUCUCAGAACCACAUAGAGGUAUGCACCAGAAUCUAGUCAUCAUAUCAGUUAUUGUGAUGAUUUUUUUUAUCUUACAAGACUUCUCAGGUGGGUUUCAUCCACACACAUUUAUCUUAAACUCACCCUUAGCAAUACAUGGAGGAAGCUAAUGAGGUAUGUAUUGUUCAAGGCUUGAACAGGUUACUUGUUUUGUCAGCCACAAAUAAAUAGUUGCCUUGGUUCAGACUUCAUUUUCCUGUCUGUUGAAAGCAUUGGGACUGACUGGCACUUGUUUGGGAUUUCCUGUUUCUGGGAAUCGAGUGAUCUUCUUUGUUACAAACUAAAAGUAAUUUUCUCUUGACGUGUGUUACAGACCACGGUCAUAGACUACGUGAAGCCAUCAGAUCUCAAGAAGGACAUGAAUGAGACUUUUAAGGAGAAGUUCCCUCACAUCAAGCUAACCCUCAGUAAAAUAAGAAGCCUGAAGAGAGAAAUGCGCAAGCUUGCUCAAGAGGAAUGUGGUUUUGAAGAGCCCACAGUGGCCAUGGCCUUUGUCUACUUUGAGAAGCUCGCUCUCAAGGGGAAGCUGAACAAGCAGAAUAGAAAGCUUUGUGCUGGAGCUUGUGUUCUUUUAGCAGCCAAAAUUGGCAGUGACCUCAGAAAACAUGAAGUCAAGCAUCUUAUAGAUGUACGUAUCUAUAGGACUCCAGUGUUCCAUCUGCAUGAAGUGCCAAUGUGUGGUCUGUGCAAGUCUGUUUGUCAGUGGACAUGCUCUCCUCUAGGCUUCCAGCUGUACAGCCAGCUGAAUAUCUUUUCUUGUUACGCAUUUUUGUGGAAGCAGUAGUGAUCAAUGUCCCUGCAGAGGUGUGGGAAGCUUGUUGAUGGGAUAGAAGGUCCUGGUGUCAGAUGCUGUGAGGUUUGAGGUGCAUCUGACUGUCGUUCUGGCAAUGCAAGGCACCAAGUGAACUUUCAGGCAAUUAAUUUUGCUUUUAAUUGUGUUUUCAGGAGUGUCAGUAAGGAUUCUCCUUUGGGAAUUAAAUGCAGAUACUAAUUUCAAA